UCAAUCUUUGCAAAACACAUUUUGCCUCCGAACGAAGGAUCUCCGACGGCUGUCGGCCGACGGGGACCGGGCGGUGAGGCGGGAAGAGACUAUUCCUGACUGGUCAUGUAUGAACAAUCGGGCUUCAUUGCAAUGACAGUGCUUGAUUUCAGAGUAUCACUGUGUAGCAGCCCCCUACUCUUCAUGGUAUGCGAAGGCUCUCACUGUGCAUGUUCACUCACUCUGUCUGUCCUCCUCGAUUCAGAGUGGCCAAAUGGUGGCCACAAAUCCCCCAUUAGCAAAAUUUUGAUUCUAUUUGACUUUUGAAUCUGAAAAGCUAAUAAUGCACGCGAUAGAUGCUUACGUCAGGGAACACCUCGUCCGCCUCUCUCCAAACCUCAGACUUUUCCAGGAAUCACUGUUCAAUCUAUGGACACUGCUCACCAUGUCAGCUCUGGUCGCAGGAUAUGACUCGUCGGACGACGAGGAGCCAAAGGCUUCGACGUCGAGUCUUCCUCGAUUAGGUAAUGGACUCCCGGCAACCGGCGUGAACGGUGCCGCCCAGGAGGAUGAUGACGAGGAUGAGGCGAUCCUGGAGGAAGAUGCGAAAAAGGAUGCGUUCGGACUAGCUUCUCAGGCACCAUCCAGGUCGAAUGGUGUAGAGAAGAAGACAGAAGUAGCAGCCGCUCCUGAUGUACUGAGAGAGGAUCCAAACGGAGCUGGAUCCGCGAUUAUCGCUCGACCCACUGACAAGGUCAUCAACGUCAAUAUUUCGUAUGAUGACAUGUCUAGACCUGUCGCUGGACCUCAAGAUCCGUUCAAUCAACAGAGAAAUAAAGGGAUGAACAGUUUGUCAGGACACGUCGAGGAGCAAUCGAUGGACGACUAUACGUUUAUGGUUCAACAGAGGACAUUCGACGUGCACGGAUAUGCUCUGAACCCUUCAGUGGCCUCGGGAGCUAGCGGUGCUUACGUCGGGUCAAUGAGUGUCGCUCAUGAGAAUGGAUACGCGGGAAUAGAUGGGAUCAAAAUGACCAAGGCGGAAAAACGAGAAGCGAAACGGAAACGACAUGGAAAGGGAGAUGCUGGGGUGGUAGAUGGCGAUGGGGCGUAUGUCGGACCAUGGGCAGACUGGGAAGGAGAGAAAGAGGUCGAUCCUGUGAUAGAAGAAGAGGCAGAGGAAUGGAGAGAGGAAAAGAGAAGGAGAGAAGAGGCGUCCGAGGCGGCAAAGGCGAAACUCAAGCAGGCUAGAGAAGAGAAGAGUAUUUUCCAUGGCAAGGAGCUCACAGAUUAUGCUGGAAGGACGUAUAUGCAUAUACCGACCGACACCGAUGUCAAACUCAACCCAUCAGACGAUUCAAAUCCGCCCAACGCAUACCUGCCAGAGAGGUGUAUACAUACCUGGACUGGACACAACAAGGGCGUGUCUGCCAUACGCCUGUUUCCCAAAUCUGGGCAUUUGUUGCUCAGUGGAAGUAUGGAUACCAAAGUCAAGCUCUGGGACGUUUACCACGAAGGGAACUGCUUACGGACGUUUUUGGGCCAUUCACAAGCUGUCAAAGACGUCGCCUUCAACAACAAAGGGACCAAGUUCAUCUCUGCAGGUUACGAUCGACAGAUCAAGAUCUGGGACACGGAGACUGGGCAAUGUCUCCAAGCAUUCUCCAACGGCAAAAUACCAAAUGUCGUCAAAUUUCAUCCCGAUCCAGACAAGCAGAAUAUCUUUAUGGCAGGUAUGCAGGACAAGAAGAUCAUCCAGUAUGACACGCGAGCGCAUGAGAUAGUCCAGACGUAUGAUCAACAUUUGGGACCUGUCAAUACCAUCACCUUUGUGGACAACAAUAGACGGUUCGUCACCACGUCUGAUGACAAGACUCUCCGUGGAUGGGAUUACGACAUCCCCGUGGUGAUCAAAUACAUCGCCGAACCAUACAUGCACUCGAUGCCAGCGGUGACUCUGCAUCCGAGUCGAAAAUACUUUGCGUGUCAAUCGCUCGACAACCAAAUUUUAGUCUACUCCGCCGAUGGGAGCUUCAAACAGAACAAGAAGAAGAGAUAUGCCGGACACACUGUCGCUGGAUACGCUUGUGCCGUCGGGUUCUCACCCGAUGGAAAGUAUAUCUCAUCCGGUACAGGAUCAGGAGACGUGGUAUUCUGGGAUUGGAAGACUGGCCGAAUCAUGAAGAGGAUACAUGCCCAUAAUCAAGUGGUCAUUGAUCAUGUGUGGUUACCAAACGAGCAUUCAAAAGUCAUCACGGCGUCUUGGGACGGAUUGAUCAAACUCUGGACAUGAGUGUUUUGCUGUAAUAAGACGAUGCAGAGGAUAUGUAGCUGUUGCUAUCGUUUCUCAUCGCUUUGUCUUUCACCCGAUCGAAGUACCUUCCAACCAGAAGUGAGAAGAAGCCCAUCCUCGAGGAUUAGUAAUGCUUGUCGGCCGGAUUAGAAAAUUCUGUUGGGAUUUUCCUAAUCUCCAUAUGAUCGUCCGUCCGGGGUUAUAACGGCACCAUCCGCUCACUAACACGGACAGACACACGCUACUUACGUC